UAUCAAAAUGGCGUCCGAAAAGAAACAAUAUAAGGAACUCACAUUUUACGAACAAUGUUCAGUGAUCUCAGAGCAAUCAUGGGUGUGAUUCAAUGAUGUUUAUGGUCAAAAACAGAUUUUUCUGAAAAAUACGAAACCAAACCAAAGCGAAUAUAAAGUAGGCCUUUCUUCACAGCCCUCUAGAAAUGGCUAACGUUUCACUGAAAGUAAACUUCGCUCAAAUUUCUGUUGAUUCGUCCAAAAAGGUUAUUGACAUAUCGAGCAAAUAUACUUAUGGAAUCAAUACAUUCAAAAGGAUUGUAGGGGCUGUCACUAUAAUCUUCACGGACAACGAAAGCAGCUUUGAUGCGCCUUGUAAUGAAUCUGAAACACAACACCUGGAUAAGACAACAUGGAAGAAUAUUCCUGCUUCUUUGUCUGUGUUACCUACUCCUGCAUACACACAGAGCAUGGACGUGUCAAGAGGAGGUGUAGGUCUGAGUUCUCACAACAGCUUGCCUCACUGCUAUGAAAACAUCCAAGGCAUGGAACAAACACAUGCUGAUAACAUGGAUGAUUCCUUGGGAGACAACAUCACUGCAGAGAAGAAUCAAGAAACCUCAGCAGUAUCAUCCCAUGCAAAUAUUACUUCUAUUUGUUCUGAAGGAGAAACAAUAUAUAUCAAGAAAGAGCCAACUUCACCAUUUCCAGAAGAGUUUGAUGAAAGACUGGAAAAAAGUGUUGAUGAACAUCCAUCCAAUGUUGGACGGAUAAGUGGGAGACAGUCGCAGCAUUUAAAUGGUAAACAGUCUGAUGUUUAUUUUGACAAGAAGCCUCCUCAUGCUGGGCACAAACCCCAAUCAAGUUGCUAUGUUUGCUUUAGAGAAAUUCAGAGCAAAAGAGAAUUUAUUUUUCAUGCUAGGGCACAUAAAAAUGUUUUAGGUGGUGGAGAAAGCUGCCCUAUAUGCCUAAAAUCAUUCACAAGAAAUGUCGGUUUAAUGAGACAUUCAUCCCUGCAUAUUACAAGUGAUCUGUACAACUGCCCUGUCUGUGGAAUCAACAUUGUACAGUUGGAUGGCUUUAAGAGGCAUUUCCACAAACGGCAUCCUGGGUCUUUGUUCAAACUGAAGUGCUAUCUUGCAAACCUCCGUCAUCAUACGGUGAACAGAAUGGCAUCGCAAGAUUCAGCAAGAAAUGGCCAAAUGGUAAGCUCCGCAUCAGAGAGGAGAGACUCUCAAGCUAUGCAACAAAUGGAAAGUGAACCGCAUACAGCAAUGACAAACAAUGAUUCAGAAGAUUUUCAGAACAGACAAACGUCAUAUCAUCCUUUGUCCCAGGGAAAAUCCAGCAAUCAGAUGAUGCAGCUUCAGGUGAAUGCUGAGGGCGUACAAAGUGUGAAUCUGCUUACUGAGCAUCCACAGUGUCCAGAUACCACAUCAAGUGGAUGCGACUCUGCUGCAGUAGAAUUUGGGUCAGAAGAAGAUGUUCAUGUGCAUAAAAAUAAAACAAGUCCUCGAUCAUCAAGUAAAUCUAAUGGUAAAAAAUCUGCCGUAUGCUCCUUCUGUUGGUCAGGAAUGACAAAUAUGGAAGACUUCUUGAAUCAUAUGGAGGCUCAUAAGAAUAUUAUGAAGGUUCCUCACACCUGCCCAGUGUGUCUGCAUGAGUUCAGUGACAAGAUGAGAGUUAAAAGGCACGCAUCCAAACAUGUCCUAACUGCAAUGUUUGCAUGCCCAUUUUGUCCAGUACAGAUUGCUAGAAUCGAUAGUUUACGGAGACAUGUAAGGAAAGUUCACCCAGCAUAUGCAGAUAACUUCAGAGUAGAAACAAACUACGCUACGCCCCCAUCAGGUCUGGUAACAGUCACAGAAGAUCUCAGUGUUUCAGCUUCUUUGGAUGCAAGUGCUUCCCAAAACCAAACAACAGAAAUUGAAAUUAAGAAGGAAUGUACCACUUCAUCAUCACCGAUUUCUGUACCUCGGAAUGCAGCAAACUGCCCAUAUGAGACUGACCUUCCCUCUGAAGGGGCUACAGAAGGGCAGACAUACUUCAACACACCUACUGGGUCUACUGCUGGUGCAGACCAUCAGGAUGGACAGGGUAACUGCUCAAAGAAAGAACCUGAGUUGUCAUGGCAGGAGAAUUCAGACCAGCAGCACACUCAGAUAAAUCCUUUCAUACCACUGAAUGCUGACAAUUCAUCAUCACCAGUUUCAGUCUCAUGGGGACAUACAGCUAACGUAGUUUCUAGCUCAGGUAGAUUACAUACACCAAAAAUCUUUAAUUCUCCUAAGCGAGGGGGUUCUAGACCUCAAACAGACAUGAGCAACGUUUCCAUGGAUAUAAAGUGUGACCCAGCACAGUUUCACAGCCCAAAUUCAGCAAAGAAGAAGGGUAAGAACAACAAACAGCUGACAUCUACAUGUUUCUUUUGCUCUUCAACACUAACAAACACUCAGGAAUUUCUUGAACAUGCACGACUGCAUGCCAAGGAUGACAAGAUUACCUGCCCUGUUUGUGUCACUGACUAUGCCAGGAAGCUCGGACUUGUCCGACACUCAGUAAACCAUGUUCCAAGUGACGCUCAUGUUUGCAGUGUCUGUGGUACAUCAUUUGCGCGGAGAGACGUGAUGCUGAGGCAUUACAGGAAAGUGCACAAAAUGUGCCUCAACUACUUCCGGCAUGCGACACGGAACCCAGACAGUGGGGCCACAGCAAACAGCCAUGAUCAUGAUGAUUUACAGAUACUCAGUUUUGAUGCAAUCACUGCCCCCAAUAUCCCCCCUCUGCCUGGUGAUGGGGACAUGUCCCCUGCAGUGAUGGGUGUCGCAGAUGAUGAUGACAUGAUGUACUCAUGUGGGCUGUGUGGGGCACAAUACCAUGAUGCUGUCAGUCUCCAGGAGCAUGUGCAGAACCACCCACAUGAUAUCUAAGUUAGGCUCUUCAGGAUAAGGACUGAACUUCGGAAUUAGAACUGCCAGACUCCUUGUUUUAUGCAAGCAUCUUUAGUUAAGAGUUCUUUCGUUAUGGUUUAAUGUACUUUUAUUAUCUAAAUAAUAGUGUUGAAAAUGGUUCACAGUAUGAAGAAAAUUCUUUCUAUAGCUGUCACUAGUGACAAAGAGUAUAUUUUUCAAUGGCAGGGGUAGCACAAAGUUGUAAAUUCAGGUUAGUCAAAACAACUGACAAUUAGAUUGUUUUAAGUUUGUUAACAUGAGGCAAUAAUGUACGCAGUUGUACUGCACAUGCAGUACAUAUGUGAUGGUCAUCAUGAAUGAAACACAAAGAAUAUGUUGCUUGUAUUGUAGGUCAAAUACCUCUUGUUGUCACAUUUUGUUGACAGUAACCUGUGACAUCAUUGUUGCCACAUUGUACCUGUGACAUCAUUGUUGCCACAUUGUACCUGUGACAUCAUUGUUGACACAUUGUACCUGUAACGUCAGUGUUGACACAUUGUACCUGUAGCAUCAUUGUUGGCACAUUGUACCUGUACAGGGCUACAGAUAA